GCGGGGCCGGGGGACCCCGCGCGACCGGCGGAAGGAGGGAGGGGGCCGCGCUCGGCGCCCCGGCCGGGCCACUGGGCCACAGGCCACGCGGCCACGCAGUCCGAGCGGGAGCCGAGCCGGGCGGGGCGAGGGCAGCUCCGGGAAGGAACGUCCCAGGGAUGGAAGUGCUUGGAUGCGGUGCUGCUGGCUGCGGAUGUGCGCAAGGAGAUGGGAUGGAGAGCCUGAGUUGGCAUUCGUAUAAAUGACCUGCCUGGCUCCCACCAUGAGUGCUGAGCUCAACGUGCCUAUUGACCCCUCUGCUCCUGCCUGCCCUGAGCCCGGCCACAAGGGCAUGGAUUACCGGGACUGGGUCCGCCGCAGCUACCUGGAACUGGUCACCUCUAACCACCACUCGGUACAGGCCCUGUCGUGGCGGAAGCUCUACCUGAGCAGGGCCAAGCUGAAGGCCUCCAGCAGGACCUCCGCCCUCCUCUCCGGCUUUGCCAUGAUGUGGAACUCAUAGAUACAGAGCACCAGCUGCAGUGGGAAGCAAGUGAACCAUCUGGCAUGGAGCUGAGCCUCGGGGGAGCCACAGUGCACCUGCUUGAUUAGAUUAGCAUAGCGCCAUCCGGUCAGAUCGUUCUUCACACUGCAGGGCAGCCUGGGAAAAAUAAGUGACAAAUACAAAUCAUCAGAAACUGUAGCUGAGUCGGGGCAGGGCCCUGGGAACAGGCAAAGGUGGCCAUGGUGGAGGUGCAGCUGGAGACGCAGUACCAGUACCCGCGGCCACUGCUGAUUGCCUUCAGCGCCUGCACCACGGUGCUGGUGGCCGUGCACCUGUUCGCCCUCCUCAUCAGCACCUGCAUCCUGCCCAACGUGGAGGCCGUGAGCAACAUCCACAACCUGAACUCCAUCAGCGAGUCCCCGCACGAGCGCAUGCACCCCUACAUCGAGCUGGCCUGGGGCUUCUCCACCGUGCUCGGCAUCCUACUCUUCCUGGCCGAGGUGGUGCUGCUCUGCUGGAUCAAGUUCCUCCCCGUGGAUGCCCGGCGCCAGCCUGGCCCCCCACCUGGCCCUGGGAGUCACACGGGCUGGCAGGCCGCCCUGGUGUCCACCAUCAUCAUGGUGCCCGUGGGCCUCAUCUUCGUGGUCUUCACCAUCCACUUCUACCGCUCCCUGGUGCGCCACAAAACGGAGCGCCACAACCGCGAGAUCGAGGAGCUCCACAAGCUCAAGGUCCAGCUGGACGGGCAUGAGCGCAGCCUGCAGGUCUUGUGAGGGGCCGAGGGCCGGGGCUGGGAGCGGCCCUGUGCCCAGGAGUCCGCAGAGGUGGGGAUUUGUCAGAUGCAGACAUUUUGCAAGGCUGCUGGGUAGUUCAAGACCAAAGUUUUCCUCUUGUCUUAAUACCAUAAGGACUGGAUGACUUCUCCUGAGAUAGAACCGUUUGGUUCAAUGAGGGACUGUGUUGCUAAGAGCAUUGGGGGCAAAGCCAGGCUGGUUCCUUGGCCUCGGGGUUUCCUGGGUCGGGGACACGGUGAAGAGGCUCCAGCGGGACCUGCCCAUCAGUCCUGGGCCAGGAGGGGCUCCAAGCAGCACCCAGCAGUCCGGGGGAGUCUCAGACCCGGCAUGCGUGGCUGGCAGACCUGGGAGAGCCAGGGCAGGGUUUUGCGUUCAGAGAAGGAUUGCCCCAGAGACCCGUGGUGGACUUCAUGGGUGCUGAGUGGCCCGUGUGACAGUGAUGACACGAAGGCUUCGGCGUUUGAGUGGGUGCAGGUGCAUGCCAGGGCUUGGUGCUUCCCUGCCUGGCCCUGGAGGGAGCUGGGUGGCCUGGCUUCCGGGGAAGACAGGAGCCAGGACACACAUCAGCCCAGCAGGUGUGGGGGUUGCUGCAGCCCUCGGCAGUGGGGUCAGGCCCUGGGGGAUGUUUCCAAUGGUGGGCAGCCUGGCCAGGCCGGAGGAGACAUGUUCACGGGCAUCUAUCAGAUGCCCCCUUGAGGAGGCUGAGUUAUUUGAGGGCUGCUGCAAAGUACGCUAGGCUCAAAUUCUCUUUUCCCAGCCAGAGCCCUGGCCACACGGACUCAGUGGGGCCACCGGGGUGGGGAAAGGACCCCUCCCCCACCCCCCGCAGCCACUGGCCUCCAGCUCUUGGCCACAGAAUGGCCUCUAAGGCUGACUCAGCCGCUCCCUUGGGCUGUGGCAGCAGGAGGCGGGGGCUCUGGCUUAGGCCCCGGAGCCUGUGCAGCUUGCCCGUGGCCCUAGGCAGCGAGGGGACAGCCUGGGGGACUUCCUGCCUAGGCAAGGUCAUUGGCCGGGCCUGGCCUGUGGAUAGUGGGGCCAGGGGCCGGCCCAGGCCAAAUGAGUGCCCUCCUUGUUAUGACACCAAGUGACUACAAGGGAGGCAAGACCCCUCCAGGCCUCUCAGCCGACACUGGGUCCCACCACACACAAUGACUGUGCUGUGCAGUGCAGGUUCUGGCCUUUUCCUUGAAGGCAUCUGGUAGACCUGAAGCCACGCUCUCGGGCCGCACAUGCACGCUGCAGCACCAGCUGCCCUGAGCUGCUUGUACAACCAACCACCUUUCCCCUCUUCUCCAGCUGUAACCUGGAGAGUCAGCCAUGCCUUGUCUUUUGUUCUCAUAAAUAGUCACUGGGGCCGGGCGCAGUGACUCACGCCUGUAAUCCCAGCACUUUGGGAGGCCGAGGUGGGCGGAUCACUUGAGGUCAGGAGUUCGAGACCAGCCUGGCCAACAUGGUGAAACCCUGUCUCUACUAAAAAAAUACAGAAAAUUAGCCGGGCGUGGUGGUGGGCGCCUGUAGCCCCAGCUACUUGGGAGGCUGAGGCGGGAGAAUGGCAAUGGCGUGAACCCGGGAGGCAGAGCUUGCAGUGAGCUGAGAUGGCGCCACUGCACUCCAGCCUGGGCGACAGAGCCAGACUCCAUCUCAAAAAAAAAAAAAAAUUAGCCGGGCGUGAUGGCGGGCACCUGUAGUCCCAGCUACUCAGGAGGCUGAGGCAAGAGAAUCACUUGAACCCAGGAGGCAGAGGUUGCAGUGAGCUGAGAUCACGCCAUUGCACUACAGCCUGGGCAACAAGAGCGAAACUUUGUCUAAAAAAAAAAAAAAAAAAAAAAAAUCACUGGGCUUCUUCAUGCUCAGAUCACAUCUCUUGUAAAAGCUUAAGCUCUCUCCGGGGUCUGGGUUGGCCGUGCUGUGGAAUUCUGGGUGGCCUGGCUGGGGUCUCUGGAAAUGUGGCUGCAGCAGAGAACAGAGACCCUGACACGCAGUUUUCCGUGCUGAGGGGCCCUAGGGGAGUCACACCAAGGGUCCCCACGAGAAAGUUGUGGCAUCCCCGGGGGCCGGAGAAGAGCCCCGUGUCUUCUGAGGGGUUCGUCCUUUGUGUCCCCUGCAGACAUUUGUCUGUGACCUUUGCCCUCCAGCAUGUAUGUACUUUCCUGCAGCCUGUAGAAACGCCUCUUACGGUUUAAUAUGUGUUCGCUUUGCUAAAGAAUAUCAACAUCGGCCAGGCGAGGUGGGGCACGCCUGUCAUCCCAGCACUUUGGGAGGCUGAGGUGGGAGGAUCACGUGGGCCCAGGGUGCAGUGCAAGACCAGCCUGGGCAACAUAGCGAGACCCCAUCUCUAAAAAAAUUAUUUUAAAUUAGCCAGGCCGGGUGCAAUGGCUCGCGCCCGUAAUCUUAGCACUCUGGGAGGCCGAGGCAGGCAGAUCACUUGAGAUCAGGACUUUAAGACCAGCCUCGGCAACAACAUGGUGAAACCAUCUCUAGCAAAAAUACAAAAAAUUAGCCGGGUAUGGUGGCGGGUACCUGUAAUCCCAGCUACUCAGGAGGCUGAGGCAAGAGAAUCGCUUGAACGCAGGAGGCAGAGGUUGCAGUGAGCUGAGAUCGUGCCACUGCACUCCAGCCUGGACAACAGAGCAAAACUCUGUCUCAAAAAAUAAUAAAUAAAAAUAAAUUAGCUGGGCCUGGUGGUGCAUGCCUGUAGUUCCAGCUACUUGGGAGGCUGAGGUGGGAGGAUUGCUUGAGCCUGGGAAGUAGAGGCUGCAGUGAACUAUGACUGUGCUAGUGGCCGGGCGCAGUGGCUCACGCCUAUAAUCCCAGCACUUUGGGAGGCCAAAGCAGGUGGAUCACUUGAGGUCAGGAGUUCGAGACCAGCCUGGCCAACAUGGUGAAACUCUGUGUCUACUAAAAAUACAAAAAAUUAGCUGAGCGUGGUGGCGCGUGCCUGUAGUCCCAGCUACUUGGGAGGCUGAGGCAGGAGAAUCGCUUGAACCCAGAAGGCAGAGGUAGCGGUGAGCCAAGAUGGUGCCACUGCACUCCAGCCUGGGCGACAGAGGGUGACUCCUCAAAAAAAAGAAAAAUAGCUAAAAUAUGAUUGUGCCACUGCACUCCAGCCUGGGUGACAGAGUGAGACCCUGUCUCUAAAAAAAAAAAGAAAAGAAAGAAAAAAGAAUGUCAGCAUGUCAGCGUUCCUCCAAGGAGUGGCUUUGGGUCAAGAAGACAGGCUGGCUCUCCUAAACAAACGGCUCCCCACGGCUGGGAGAGGCAGCAGGCCCUUACUCUGGCCUGAGUCUUUUGGGAGGGGCCCUGCUGGGCCUUCUCCUGCCGCCUACCUUCCUGGACCAUCUGUGCCCCUGCCCACGCAGUACCACACUCCCCAGACUGUGGAACGCAUCUCCAGUGCCAUCUGGGGGCCAGUUACUGUACCUGGUCCCCAGGCAGAGCUCUUGGCCUGGCAGCAUCCAGGCAGGUAUUAAGUGCCCAGUGAUGGUGGCACAUGGGUGGGGACGGAGCCACAUCCAAGUCUAGCCCUCUGAUUAGGAGGAUGACAGUCUUGGAAUUUCUUGUUCUCUUUCUCCUAGGGUUCUCGUUCUCCCAGCUCCAGCCUUUCUAGUUUCGAGGCAUGAGGCAAACCAUUGCUGUGGGAAUAGCAGUGACCAUUGGUAGGGCCAUGGUGGCCGGGAGAGGAAACCUCAGGGUCACCCCAGAGCCUGUGGGGAGACGGAGGGUGAGCUGUUGCUGGAGCUGCAGAAACGCCUUGAAGGGCAGCAUGGGCGAUGAGGAAUGCCAUUGCAGCCUAGAAAUUCGGUUUCUGGAGGUUUAGCCUGAUUUUGAAGAGUAUUUAAGAACAGAGGGCUCCAGACCAGGUAUGGUGGCUCACAUCUGUAAUCCCAGCACUUUGGGAGGCAGAGGUGGGCGGAUCGCCUGAGAUCAGGAGUUCGAGACCAGCCUGGCCCACAUGGUGAAACCCUAUCUCUACUAAAAAUACAAAAAUUAGCCGGGCGUAGUGACACACGCCUGUAAUCCCAGCUGCUCGGGAGGCAGAGGCAGGAGAAUGGCGUGAACCCGGGAGGCGGAGGUUGCCGUGAGCCGAGAUCACGCCACUGCACUCCAGCCUGUGUAACAGAGCAAGACUCUGUCUCAAAAAAAAAAAAAAAGAACAGGGGCCUCUGCCUCAGUUUGCCCGGGAGCCAGCCAGGGCCCAUCCUAAUUUGGAGCACAGUCUUCCCGGUGCCUAGACAUGCCAAGGCCCCUCCCAUGUGGGACACCCUCUCCGUUUAGUACCUGACCACCUGUUUCAAAACGCAGGUGUUUCUGGUUUAGAAACUUGGAAGGCGGAAUGUGUUUUCGCGUCUUCUAGGAAGGGUCUGAUGAGGACCAGACCACGUAAGCCUGAGUGGAUCCUGACUCAGCUGCAGCCCUUACCUGCCUCGUGCUGAUGAUCUAUGCAUGGCGUUAUGUAGAUCACGUGCGGCAGAGACAGCCACUGUCCUGUGUGCGGGUUUUUAAAACAGCUGCCCUGGAUGAAACGGAAUAAACCAGUGAUGCUA